CAGCUAAAACAGACAUCAGAAAUCAAGCAACGUGCAACAACACAGUUCACAGUUCACACAGUUUAUUCGGAAGCCCAAUCGGACUAAAAAUCAAAAACAAUCAAAAUGAAGUGCGCAAUUGCUAUCGUUUUCGCUGCCAUGCUCUCUGUGAUCCUUGCUGCCCCAUUGGACGACAGUGCCAAUGCGCAAAUCCUUCGUCAGGAAUCCGAUGUCCAGCCCAAUGGCUACAAGUUCUCGUGGGAGACAACCGAUGGCCAGAAGCACGAUGAGGAGGGAACUCUGACCAACCCUGGUGCUGAGAACGAAUCGAUCGCUGUCCGUGGCUCAUACUCCUUCACCGCUGAUGACGGUCAGGUCUACACUGUCAACUACAUUGCCGAUGAGAAUGGCUUCCAGCCACAGGGUGCUCAUUUGCCCAAUGCGUCGAACUAAUUAAUUAAUUCCUUAACGCAAUUCACAAACCAAGAGCUGUUCUAGAAGUUGAUUAGUAAAUAAACGACAAGCAAGCAUAA